GCCCCGUCAGAGGACUCAUCAGACGAGGAUGACUCGGGAGUAACAGCAGCAGACCCAGAAGGAGAAACGGAGGAAACUCCUGAGAACCCAGCUCCUUCUCCCCCUCAGCUUCUGAGCACCCCAGACACAGCUGAAGCCCUUCAGCCAGACGCAGACAGUGAACAGGAUACUCCCCCCUCACCUGCAGAACGUAGACAGCAGAAGGUCAGGCAGAAGAGGGGCAGGCCAGUCCACUUAAGGCCAAAACGCUGAGGGCUCACACCUGCUGACAAACCUGCUCCUUAAAAGUCAAACCUUGGCUUCAGCUUGUUGCUGACUACAACGUCAGGCGUGGCUUCGUGUGUUUCUAGUUUCCCUGAAUCUUAUCUUGGACUGACCCCUUGGCAAUUGAACCCGGACCUCUACUGACCUCGCUUCUGGACUUCUGGCUUGGCACAUAAGCUUAGGACGGGCCUUGCCCUUAUUAUGCUUCAUCCUCGUUAGCCUGGCAGAUUUACGACCAGACUGCCAGCUAAGGACUUUCCUGCCCUGAUAACUACCCAGGAAUUUCCAGCCCCCACCGGCACUGCUGUCUCAGUGCAGAGCUGACAGUUUGUAGUCAGCCCAAAACGAAGGAAGCAACGAGUGAGUGGGGGAAGUGCCGACCAUGGAGCAACUCCAGCAGGAAAACUUGCUCCUGCGCUCACAAGUAGAUCAGCUGCUGUUGGCCAUCCAAGGCUUGCAAGCCCAGCUAGCAGCAGCCCCACCCACUCUACUUACAGGGAGAGCCGAGUGCCCUGUGACCCUCCCAGAGAAAUUCACUGGGGCUUCAGAACAGCUCUCAGCAUUCUUGGCCCAGGCCCAGCUCUUCAUGGAGUUACGACCAGAGGCCUUCCCAGAUGAUAAGACCCAGGUGGGAUUCUUGAUUAACCUGUGCACCGGGGCCGCAGCUAGAUGGGCCACGCCCCUGCUCCUCGAGCGUAGCCCCGUGCUCAACGACCUAGCCACCUUCACCAGAGAACUGAAGGCUAUGUUUGAGGACCCAGUCAAAUCAGCCACAGCCAACCGCCGCAUACACAGGCUGCAGCAAGGCUGAUGCACUUUGGGGGAAUAUGUAACAGACUUUAGUUUACUACAACAAAACCUGGGCUGGAACGAAGCAGCUCUCAUGGAUCAAUUUCAGGAGGGGCUGUCCGAUGAGCUUCUGGAUGAGCUAGCUAGGGUGGAGCGCCCUGGAACCCUGCAAGCCCUAAUAUACCUGUGUCUCCAGAUUGAUGGGAGGCUGGAAAGCAGGCAUGCUGCCAACCAACCCCGGCCAGUCUACAGAGCUUCGGCCCCAGUGGCUGUGCCCUCGGAGCCCUCCAGCAAGGACCCUACACCCCCGGUAGAACCUAUGCAGCUGGGAGGGGCUCGGCCAUGUCUUUCUGCUGCCGAAAAGCUGAGACGCAGGCAGCAGGGCCUCUGCCUGUAUUGCGGGGCCCAGGGACAUUUUGCAGCCCAUUGUUCCGCGAAACGACCCACAGUCCCUACCUCGGGAAACUCCCACGCCCCGGCCUCCACAGGCCCCUGUGCCGGGGCAACCUCGUGGUUCAGGGGGCCCUCCACCUCAGUUCCUCACCGCCCAAGCAUCUGACCGUGUUGAUCUCUCUGACAGUCCUCGGAAGGGGUACCCUACAAGUACCAGCCAUGCUGGACUCGGGAUCCACCAGCAAUUUCAUGGACGUGUCCUUUGCCAAUCUACACCAGGUUCCUAGUCAACCCAUUCGCCGCCCUAUCCUUGUGGAGACUAUUGAUGGCCGGCUUCUCGCCUCAGGCCCUGUAGUACAGGAGACAGUGCUGCUAGACAUGGCACUGGGUGAGCACCGGGAAAGCCUCCAGUUCUACCUGGCUGCCACGCCCCACUUCCCGGUAGUGCUUGGCCUGGCGUGGCUACAGUAGCACGACCGCAUCAUCCAGUGGUCCAUGGGCCGACUGACCCUCGGAUCCCCCUAUUGCCAAACCACCUGUUGGGGGCCAAAGGAGCACAUCCUGACUACCCAGGAGGCAAGCUCCGCGCUGGAGAAAUUACCGGAAAAGUACCGGGAGUUCCAGGAUGUUUUUGGGAAGCAAGAGGCAGACCAGUUGCCGCCCCAUCGUCCUUACGACUGCCCCAUUGACCUGCUCCCUGGAGCCAAGAUUCCCGUGGGCCAGAUUUACUCCCUGUCGGAACCCGAACUGGCAGCCCUCAGAGUUCCUAGACAAGAACCUGCGCUGAGGGUUCAUUCGCCCUUCCACGUCACCUGCAGCCGCCCCUGUACUAUUUGUAAAAAAGAAAUGUGGAGAACUCUGGCUUUGUAAUGACUGCCAAGCCCUCAACCAGAUUACAGUUCGGAAUCGGUACCCUUUGCCCCUGAUCCCAGAACUACUAGAGCGGCUGUGGGGCGCUCGCAUUUUCACCAAACUGGACCUGAGAGGGGCCUAUAACCUGGUGCGUAUGCAGGAGGGAGAUGAGUGGAAGAUGGCCUUUUGCACCCGUUAUGGACAUUUUGAGUACACAGUGAUGCCUUUUGGCUUGUGCAACGCCCCUGCCGUCUUUCAGCACUUCAUGAACGACAUCUUCCGGGACCUCCUAGACCGCUUCCUGGUGAUUUACUUGGAUGACAUCCUGAUCUACUCACGGAACCCCUCGGAACAUAAGGAGCAUGUUCGAGUGGUGCUGCAGCGCCUGCGGGAGAACCGCCUCUUCGCCAAGCUAGAAAAAUGUGCAUUUGACCUCACUACCGUGGAUUUCCUAGGCCAUCGGAUCUCUCCCUCGGGUAUCCAGAUGGACCCAGCCAAAAUUGAGACCAUCCUCCAGUGGGCUGCUCCUCGAAGCCACAAAGAUGUGCAGCGCUUCUUGGGCUUCGCCAACUAUUACCGCUGGUUCGUCUCCCACUUCUCGGAACUAACGACACCCAUAUCGGACCUGCUUCGAUGCAAAGAGAAGUUUGCUUGGACGGAGGCCGCUCAACAGGCAUUCCAGCGCCUCCAACAAGCCUUUAAAUCUGAACCCAUCCUCCAGCAACCUGACCCCACCAGACUUUACAUAGUAGAGACCGAUGCAUCCGAUAAGGCAGUGGCAGUGGUCCUACUACAGCUGGUGGGGAACAAGCAGUCCCUGCUCCCCUGUGCGUUCCACUCCCGGAAACUCAAUUCUUCGGAACAGAACUACACCAUUUGGGAGAAGGAGUUACUGGCCAUAAAAGUAGCCUUCGAGACCUGGCGUCAUCUCUUGGAAGGGGCACACCAUCCGGUACAGGUACGAAUGGACCAUCGAAACCUGGAGCACCUGCAAAGCGCCCAACGGCUGAACCAACGCCAGAUCCGGUGGUCCCUGUUUUUCUCCCGGUUCCAGUUCACGGUCACCUACCUCCCUGGCCGCCGAAACACACAAGCAGAUGCACUCUCUCACAAGCCAGAAUACCGAGCCGAGCAGUUUGAUCGCCCCCUUCGCCCAAUCCUCCGCCCAGAGAACUUUGCAGCUACCCACCAGCCACAACCCCUACUGGACCGGGUGCAGGAACAGCAGCAAAAGGACCCAUACGCCCUGGCACAGCAGCGAGAGUUCCAGUCAGGAACGCCCACCCUGGACAGCCCAUUUUCCUUGCAAAAUGGCCUCUUGUACCACCGGAACCGUUCGUACGUUCCCCCGGGAGCUCUGCGGGGAGAGGUGCUCCAACUCUGCCAUGACAGCCAGCCUGCAGGUCAUUUUGGAACCUAUAAAACCCUCCACCUGGUCCUACGGGAUUUCUGGUGGCCCCGGGUCCAAGCGGACGUCAAGGACUAUGUAGCUGCCUGUGAUACCUGCCAGCGAGCCAAGAGACACCCCAGAAAGCCACCUGGGCUCCCUCUUCCGCUGCCUACCCCCCAGGGCCCUGGUGCUUGGUCUCCCUGGAUUUUAUCACGGAUUUACCGGCCUCCCGGGGAAUGACCACCAUCCUCGUGGUCGUAGACCUGUUCACCAAGAUGGCCCAUUUCCUCCCCUGUGCCGGACUACCCUCUGCCCCAGAAACUGCUCAACUGCUUUUGACCCAGGUUUUCCGUUUGCACGGCCUCCCCGACCACCUGAUAUCUGACCGAGGAGCCCAGUUCACUGCCCGGUUCUGGCAGGCCCUGUUUCGGGCCCUGAACGUCCAGAUCCACUUGUCCUCUUCCCACCACCCUCAAUCAGAUGGACAAACUGAACACACCAAUGCCACCGUAGAACAAUACCUGCGGUGUUACACCUGCUUCCAACAGGACAAUUGGGUGGAUCUGUUACCUCUGGCUGAGUUCGCGUAUAAUAAUUCCGUUCAUGCCUCCACAUGCCAGAUCCCGUUCUUUGCCUCCUAUGGCUACCACCCCCGGUUCUUCCCCUCAGUGCAACCCCCUUUGCUGGUCCCUGCUGCGGAUGUCAUGCUGCAGGAGUUGCAGGCCCUGCAAGCAGUCCUGAAGGAACAGCUGGAGCAGGCAAAGGGCUCGUAUAAGCGCUUUGCGGACCGCCAUUGCCAACCAGGCCCACCGCUGAAGGUAGGGGACCAGGUAUGGCUCUCGACCAAGUUCCUGCGUUCGCAACGUCCGUCUCAAAAGCUGGAGGCUCGGAACAUAGGUCCCUUCCGUAUCACCCAGCAGAUUAACCCGGUGGCGUUCCGGCUCCAACUCCCUGCCUCCUUCCGCAUUCACCCUGUCUUCCAUAGAUCACUGCUGACUCCCACUCUCCCGCCUCACCCCUUGAGUAGUAAGCUGCUCCCCCCGCCACCGAUACAAGUCAAUGGGGAAGAGGAAUUCGAAGUGGCACAGAUCCUGGACUCCCGGAGGCAUCGUGGCCGCCUCCAGUACCUCAUAGACUGGCAGGGGUACAGCCCAGAGGAACGCUCGUGGGAAGAUGCUGCGCAGGAGGAUGCUCAGGAGGAGUUUGGCUGGAAACUGGUUCAUGGUGACAUAUUUAGGCCCCCGAGAAAAGGAAUGCUACUUUCAGUGUUUCUGGGCUCUGGAACACAGAUUUUAAUUAUGACUUUUGUUACUCUAUUCUUUGCUUGCCUAGGGUUUUUAUCACCUGCAAAUCGGGGGGCAUUAAUGACCUGUGCUGUGGUCUUGUGGGUGCUGCUUGGAACCCCAGCAGGUUAUGUUGCUGCCAGAUUCUACAAAUCAUUUGGAGGUGAAAAAUGGAAGACAAAUGUUCUGCUAACAGCCUUCCUUUGUCCUGGCAUUGUGUUUGGAGAUUUCUUUAUCAUGAAUCUGAUUCUCUGGGGAGAAAGGUCCUCUGCAGCCAUUCCAUUCGGUACUUUGGUUGCUGUUCUUGCCCUCUGGUUUUGCAUAUCUGUACCGUUGACAUUCAUUGGAGCAUACUUUGGUUUUAAGAAGAAUGCCAUAGAACAUCCAGUUCGUACUAAUCAGAUUCCUCGGCAGAUUCCUGAACAGUCAUUUUAUACACAACCAUUACCUGGUAUCAUUAUGGGAGGCAUUCUACCCUUUGGAUGUAUCUUUAUACAACUUUUCUUCAUUCUUAAUAGCAUAUGGUCUCAUCAGAUGUAUUACAUGUUUGGCUUCUUGUUUCUGGUGUUCAUUAUUCUGGUUAUCACAUGUUCUGAGGCUACUAUUCUACUUUGCUAUUUCCACUUGUGUGCAGAGGACUACCACUGGCAGUGGCGCUCAUUCCUCACAAGUGGCUUUACUGCUGUUUAUUUCCUAAUAUAUGCAGUACACUACUUCUUUUCAAAACUUCAAAUUACGGGUACAGCAAGCACCAUUUUAUACUUUGGAUACACUAUGAUAAUGGUAUUGAUCUUCUUCCUUUUCACAGGAACAAUUGGAUUCUUUGCAUGCUUCUGGUUUGUGACCAAAAUAUACAGUGUUGUAAAAGUGGAUUGAAGAAACUGUCAUAUAACAUACAGGAACCAUCAACCUAACAUAAAGACAUGCUCUUGAAGAGAAAUUUAAGCUUUAUCUGAAGUAUUGACUUCUGUACUUUGUGAAUGAUACUGAAUAUACAUUUUGCCCACUCAGAACAUUUGUAUUAUAACUUUGCAAUUUGUUUUCACUUCGUUGUUCUUAAUGAAGAUUGAAGUUAAGUAUUGUAUGCAUUUGUAAAUGUUGCUUAUAGUAGAACUUUUAAAUUCUAAAGGACUAGAAGUCACUACAUUACAGAAUUUUUAAUGAUACUGCUAUAUAAAGUAUGGUUGUAAAUACAGUUUUCUAGACUUGUUGGGUGGGGUUAAUUAUUAUUUUUUCAAAGGAGAUAACUACUUUCUAUCAUGAUUUUGAAGGCUGAGUCAGCAUGUUACUUUUAAUUUGAUAUUUUCUUUUUUUUAUUGGAGUUACGGCCAUAAAUUAUCCUCGCUUCUUCAGUGACUUCCUUCGGUUCCAGUGUUGUUGGCCUUUUGAACUAUGUGUCUCUUGAGUCUUGGAAUCUAUAAAUUCAUAAUUGUAAUAAAUACUUUAAACUUUUUCAGUGGCUUAUCACAUUAUAAAUAAAUAAUUAAAUUCUGUAAAUACAGAUAUUGAUGUUUUAAAAAUAUGUAGAUUACACUAUUUGUUAAAUUCUAGGUUGAUUUAAUGUUUUGUUAAUCUAUUCUGCCUUGUAUAAAUGUAACACUCUUGUAUUGCAUAAGAAUGACAUUUCAUAACUGCAUUGCAGUGUCAGUCCUAAUUAGCAUUAGCAUAACCAGAUUAAGAGACUGGAUAAUAGGUUGAGAAGAUCUGCAUACAGAGAAGGAAGAUGCACUGUUAAGUGUUCAUAGAGCAGAUUUUAAUGAUACAUAUUAUGUAGAAUGGAUUACGGUUUUGUUCUUUUGACAUACACAAGCAUAAGUACUGUUUGUUUUACAUUAAUAGAAUAGAUCAAUUUGCUACAUGUGGCCUUGACAUUAAUCCAUAUGCAUCUUUGAAAAAUGCAAUGAAAACAUGUUUAUCGUGUUGAGUUGUCUUGAGUUUAUGUUAAUGCCUGUACAUUUCCCACAAGAGCAUACCUGCAACCAUGUUAAACUGCACAUUUUGUGCUUAUGUGUUAAGGUUGGAGAAAAAAUCUAGAUUUUUCUAAUGUGCUCUUUCUAAAUAUCAUUAAGGCUUAAAUAUCGCAAUACAAUAAAAGAAUCUUUUGUUAAUAACUUAUAA